AACGAGGAAGCAACCGUUUGCAUCUUUGAUUCCUUACAACAAAAGCACACUCCCGUCAAGACUUCGAUGAAGCAUUAUUUGGCUUACGAGUAUGCCGAUAAGCACAAUUUGAAGAGUGCGAUCGAUACAAGAAAGAUCGAGCUGAAUUCAAUUGAUGUUGCUAUGCCACGUCAACCAAAUUGGGCAGAUUGCGGAUUGUAUCUCUUGCAUGCAUUUGAACGAUUCUUUUCCGAUCCAAAAGCGUUCAAAGAUGACGUGAUUCCGUCAAAGGAUGAGAAUCAUCUGGCAUGGAAAUCGGAGGAGGCACUGGCUCUUCGAGAAUAUUGGAAAGGCAUAAUAGAAAGCUUGAUAGCCGAGUAUCAGCCG